CUUCCUGCUUCCAAAGAGAUAGAUCACUCCCUUCAGUAUUUGCACUCGAAUAGUUUUGUUCUCAAGUUCAAUAUAGCAGGCUCUCUUGUUUCUUUUUGGGGUUGUUUUUUUUUUGUUUAGUUUUCUACAGGAAUCAAAGUUAAAUACCUCGCGCCUAGGUCCUUACUGCUUGUGUUUAGUUUCACCCGGAGAGUCGCAAUGCCGAGCCACCCGCUGCGUGUAGCGGUGGUGUGCUCGAGCAACCAGAACCGCAGUAUGGAAGCGCACAAUAUCCUCAGUAAACGUGGAUUUGAUGUGCGAUCAUUUGGGACAGGGUCUCAUGUGAAGCUACCUGGUCCUGCCCCGGAUAAGCCUAAUGUGUAUGACUUCAAAACGACUUAUGAACAGAUGUACAACGACUUGGUCCGCAAGGACAAGGAACUAUACACACAGAAUGGCAUCCUCCACAUGCUGGACCGCAACAAGCGCAUCAAGUCAAAGCCAGAGCGCUUUCAGAACUGCAAAGACAAGUUUGACCUGGUCAUCACCUGUGAAGAGAGAGUCUAUGACCAAGUGCUGGAGGAUCUGAACUCAAGAGAGCAGGAGACUCUGCAGCCUGUGCAUGUAAUCAAUGUAGACAUUCAGGAUAACCACGAGGAAGCAACGCUGGGUGCCUUCCUCAUCUGUGAGCUGUGUCAAUGUAUCCAGCACACGGACGACAUGGAGAAUGAGAUCGAUGAGCUCCUCCAAGAGUUUGAGGAUAAGAGCAACAGGCCUUUUCUUCACACCGUCUGCUUUUACUAAUGCAGCGGAAAUUUGCAAUAAACAAAGGACCGGGAUCCCAGGCAAUCAAACCAUAGAGCACGGACAUGCACGCUUCGUACUCCAGUCAUCUCUGACACAGUGCACUCACACUGUGGUGGCACAGAUAAGACGGUGUUUUGUCAGGACCUAGCAGAUAUCUGUUUAUGGACAUAGUGGUGAUAAUGGGUCCUCCCUCCCGCAGAGGAUGGACUUGCUGCUCUCACUCUGCCUUUAUUCCUCCAGAUCCAUGUUAGGCCAACAUCCUCCUCCAAUAUGAAAAUUACUCCCCAUGUCUCCUCAGGGAGAGUGUGACACCCUCACCCCAGAUUCAGCAGCUAUUGUGUCCCUAUCAUUUUUGUUCAACUUAAGACAUUGAAUUUUUUUCCCCACUUAUUUAUAAUUGUAUAUUUUAAGAACAAAAACUGAGACUAGUUUUGAGCUGGGACACUGUAUAUGAGUUUCCACAGAGGAGGAACAUUUAAUUGAAUCGUGUUUUUUUUUUUGUGGGAAUUUUGUGUUUUACAUUAGUUAGCUUUAAGUUAAAGUGGGUGGGCUACUAAUAAAUAACCAAAUCAAUACGUCUCAGAGACUCUCCCCCUGUGUUUCCAAUAGGAUGUGCUGAAUCAUAUUUAAACUCUGACAUGCUGUCUUUCAGGGCAUAGUAUUUUUUUUCUUUUGUAAAUGUUAAAUUGAAACAUUGUAAUUAUUUUCCAACUGCGAGCUCAGCUCUGAGUGCCUGAUUUUUCUGGAUGUAUAUAUGAAUCUACUAAAGAAAGAAACAUUGCAAAGAAA